UUGCUUGGGAUUGUUUGAAGCAGUCUUUUUUGAAAAAUUCUCUAUUUGUAAUUCGACUUUUUCCCCAUUUGAAGAGCCUGUGGGCGAAGAACUGGCGUUGAGUUCUGCUUUUCUACUGAAUCAAAAUAUCAAUAGAGUUGGCUCAUCUGUAAAUAUUAAUCAUCGUAGUUUAUACACUGUUCAAUUGCCUUCCAAAAGAGUUACGCCCAUCUUCCGACUGAAAUAUGCUACGUAUUUUGCAUAAAACGCAAGAGUCAGUACGUGUUGGAUCCUUGUUAAAAUGAAACAGAUCAAAGAAAAGCACUAUGGUUGCGAGCAUAGAACUCAAACGUUAUACAAAGAUAAUGAUUUUGGGAUUGAUUUGGGAAUCAACUGUUGGGAUUUUCUGUCGGGGGAAAAGUACAGAACUUGAAGUUGUUUCUGUUCCAGAAUGUGAUUCAGCUGAUUCCAACCAUUUUGCCAACAGUGAUAAUUUGAAUUAUAGCGAGAUUAACAGCAAAAGGGUUUCCUUGGAUCGCUGGAAUUUAUCGUCCCAAAAGUUAAUAGAUUCUUUUCCACUUGAUCCUAUUAAAGAAAAUUAUGUACGUCAAGUGAGGGAUUGUAUUUUUUCAGCAGUUCAUCCAGAGCCUUUCACGUCAGCAAUUAAGCUGGUCGCAGUUUCAAAGGAGGUUGUGGAAGACCUAUUGGAUUUAGAUCUGUCUAUAACAGAGACCAAGGAGUUUAUUCGAUUUGUUAGUGGUGCACAAAUUCUACCUGGAUCUGUGCCUCUCACUCAUAGAUAUGGCGGUCAUCAGUUUGGAGUCUGGGCUGGCCAGCUGGGUGAUGGAAGAGCCCAUUUGCUUGGAGCAUACACCAAUAGGCAUGGCACAAGAUGGGAGCUUCAGCUGAAAGGUUCUGGGAAAACCCCCUAUUCUCGAGAUGGUGAUGGACGUGCUGUUCUCCGCUCUUCAGUAAGAGAGUUUCUUUGUAGUGAGGCCCUGAAUUAUCUUGGGAUCCCUACCACCAGAGCAGCCAGUCUGGUUGUGAGCAAUGAUGAUGUGAAGAGGGAUCAGUUCUACAAUGGGAGUGUGAGGAAUGAAAAAGGUGCAAUAGUUCUUCGUGUAGCUAAAUCAUGGUUUCGUUUUGGAUCACUGGAAAUUUUGGCAUAUUCUGGAGAAACUGAAUUAUUAAGGAAACUGGUGGAUUUCAUUAUAAAACUACAUUUUCCUUUGAUAAAUGUAACCAGCUCAAAUAGGUAUCUGGAUUUUUUCUCUCAAGUUGUGACUGAUACUUCAUACCUCAUCGCACAAUGGAUGUCAGUGGGAUUUGCACAUGGUGUGUGUAAUACAGACAACUUCAGUGUACUCUCUAUAACAUUAGAUUAUGGUCCUUUUGGCUUUAUGGAUUUCUAUGAUCCAAAUUUUGUGCCAAAUACAUCUGAUGAUGAAAGCCGAUAUAAAAUAGGAAACCAAGCCAAUGUUGGGAGAUAUAAUCUUGAUAAACUGCGGAACGCUCUGAAGUCUUUAUUGAACCCUAAACAACAGCUGUUGACUGAACAAAUAUUAAAAGGAUAUCCUGAUCUUUAUCAGACCAAAUUAAUGGAAUUGUUCAGAGCAAAGUUGGGCUUGAUUGGACAUGAUAAUAAUGAUGACUAUUUGAUUGCCUACUUGUUGAAGCUGAUGGAAGAUACAAGAGCAGACUUCACGAUGACGUUUCGUCAGCUUAGUGAGAUUACACAACAACAACUUGCGGCUAACAGCAUUUCUGAGGAAUACUGGGCCAUUCAAGACCUCGCAAGACACAAGAAGUUCUCAUACUGGAUUAAACUGUACUUGUCAAGGUUGAAUAGGAACAAACUGGAUACAGAUGAAGCACGCAAAACCAGAAUGGAAAACUUGAAUAUCAUUAUUUCUUUUAAAGGUGUCAACCCUAGAUACAUCCUUCGCAACUGGAUGGCAGAAUCAGCAAUCAAAAAGAGUGAGAGAAAUGACUUUUCUGAGGUUCGCUUUCUGAAGAAAAUUUUACGUCAUCCUUUUAACAAGCAGACAGAGGCUGAGGAUGCGGGAUAUUCUUCCCGUCCUCCUUCAUGGGCUACAGAACUUCGUGUCAGCUGUUCCUCUUAACAAUGAAAGUAAAUUACAGGAGGACCAGAAAUUGCAUACAGCCCAGCCUCUGGAUUUUAAUCGUUUGGCCAAGUAAUACCACAUUCCUCAUGUGAUCUGUUAUUGCAAGAUUUAAAAGUGUUGUUAAAUAAACCCGACUGUCUUUGUAAUGUUUACUAUCAAUAAAGUUGAUU